UAUGGUUCGUCAUGUGGACGUAAACAGGAAUCGAGAAGAAAGUCCAAACGCAGCGGGCAGUUUCUUGCAGUCUUAAAGCGAAAUAAAUCUGAAUAUUUAGUCAUUAAGCGAGUGAGGAUUACGCCGGCUGCGGUGUGGUCCGUCCGCUAUGUUGGACUUCCUAGCGGAGAACAACCUGUGUGGCCAGGCGGUGCUACGGAUCGUGUCCAGAGGAAACGCCAUCAUUGCCGAACUGCUGCGCCUCUCCGACUUCAUCCCCGCAGUCUUCAGACUCAAAGACAAAAGCGACCAGCAGAAAUAUGGAGACGUCGUCUGUGACUUCAGUUACUUCAAGGGUCCGGAGUACUAUGAGGGGAAGCUGGAAGCCAAACCAGAGCUUCAGGACUUGGACGAAGAGUUCAGGGAGAACAACAUUGAGAUUCUGUCACGGUUCUAUUUGGCUUUUGAAAGUGUCCACAAGUAUAUAGUGGAUCUUAAUAGGUAUUUGGAUGAUCUUCAUGAGGGCGUUUAUAUUCAACAGACCUUGGAAACUGUGCUUCUCAAUGAGGAUGGAAAGCAGUUGCUGUGUGAAGCUUUGUACCUGUAUGGUGUCAUGCUGCUGGUGAUCGAUCAGAAAAUUGAAGGGGAGGUUAGAGAAAGGAUGCUGGUGUCCUACUACAGAUACAGUGCUGCCCGAUCAUCAGCUGACUCCAACCUGGAUGACAUCUGUAAGCUGCUGCGUAGCACAGGUUACUCCAGUCAGCCUGGAGCUAAACGGCCAGCCAACUACCCAGAGGGCUACUUCCACAGGGUCCCCAUCAGCCAGCCCUUUGUCAGCAUGGUCAUUGGGAGGCUGCGCUCAGACGACAUCUACAAUCAGGUUUCUGCCUACCCUCUGCCAGAGCAUCGUAGCACAGCACUGGCUAACCAGGCUGCCAUGUUGUAUGUCUGCCUCUACUUCACCCCGUCCAUACUGCACACCCAGCAAGCCAAGAUGAGGGAGAUUGUGGACAAGUACUUCCCUGACAACUGGGUAAUCAGUAUUUACAUGGGGAUCACAGUGAACUUAGUGGAGGCCUGGGAACCCUACAAAGCUGCCAAGACAGCUCUCAACUACACCCUGGACACAGCUAACAUCAAAGAGCAGGCUUGCCGUUAUGCGGCUAGCACGGAGGUCCUGAAGCCACAGGUACAGCAGCUGCUGAAAGAGGGUUUCCUCCGGGAGGAGAUAAUUUUGGACAACAUCCCCAAACUUCUCAACUGUCUGAGGGACUGCAACGUCUCCAUCCGCUGGCUGAUGUUGCACACUGCAGAGUCAGCCUAUGACCCAAACAAUAAACGUCUGCGUCAGAUCAAGGACCAGGUGAUCAAUGAUUCCAAGUACAACCCAAAGAUGCUGUUUCAGCUGCUGCUAGACACCGCUCAGUUUGAGUUUACACUCAAAGAGAUGUUCAAACAGAUGCUGUCAGUAAAGCAGAUCAAAUGGGAGAGCUACAAGAAGGAGGGAUCAGAGAGAAUGACAGAGCUGGCUGAGGUCUUUUCUGGGGUCAAACCUCUCACAAGGGUGGAGAAAAACGAGAAUUUACAGUCCUGGUUCAGGGAAAUCUCGAAGCAGAUUGAGUCUCUCAACUACGAGGAUUCAACAGCUGCCGGCAGGAAGACAGUACAACUCAUCCAGGCUCUCGUUGAGGUCCAGGAGUUCCACCAGCUAGAGUCAAAUCUACAGGUGUGUCAGUUCUUGGCUGAUACCAGGAAGUUCCUCCACCAGAUGAUACGCACCAUCAACAUCAAGGAGGAAGUCCUCAUUACCAUGCAGAUAGUAGGAGACCUGUCCUACGCAUGGCAGAUCAUUGACAGUUUCACGUCAAUUAUGCAGGAGAGCAUCAGAGUCAACCCCUCUAUGGUCACCAAACUAAGAGCUACGUUUCUGAAGUUGGCAUCUGCAUUGGACCUUCCUUUGCUGCGUAUCAACCAGGCCAACAGCCCCGACUUGCUAAGUGUUUCCCAGUUUUACUCUGGAGAGCUGGUGGCCUAUGUCAGAAAGGUGCUGCAGAUCAUCCCAGAGAGCAUGUUCACCUCUCUGGCUAAGAUCAUCAAGCUACAGAUCCAUGACAUCAUGGAGGUUCCCACACGGCUGGACAAAGACAAGUUGAAGGACUAUUCACAGUUAGGGGCUCGCUAUGAGGUUGCUAAACUCACCCAUGCCAUCUCCAUCUUCACUGAGGGAAUCCUGAUGAUGAAGACCACCCUUGUUGGCAUCAUUAAGGUGGAUCCUAAACAGCUCCUGGAGGAUGGCAUCAGGAAGGAGCUGGUGAAGCGCGUUGCAUAUGCUCUGCACAGAGGACUCAUCUUUAACCCCAAGGCUAAGACUAGUGAGCUGAUGCCCAAGUUAAGGGAGAUGGCUGCCACCAUGGAUGGCUUCUACAGGUCAUUUGAAUACAUCCAAGACUACGUCAGCAUCUACGGCCUUAAAAUCUGGCAGGAGGAGGUGUCACGCAUCAUCAACUACAAUGUGGAGCAGGAGUGCAACAGCUUCCUCAGGACCAAGAUCCAGGACUGGCAGAGUGUUUAUCAGUCCACUCACAUUCCGAUACCCAAAUUUCCCUCUGUAGCUGAGUCUGCCACCUUCAUCGGCCGUCUCUGCAGAGAGAUUCUCCGAAUCACUGAUCCCAAGGUGACGUCCUACAUCGAUCAGAUGAACACCUGGUAUGACCUGAGGAGCCACCAGGAAGUAACCAAUAACAGGCUCUUCGCUGAGAUUCAGGACACACUUGGUACCUUCGGCCUCAACGGACUGGACCGUCUACUCUGCUUCAUGAUUGUCAAAGAGCUGCAGAACUUCCUGACGAUGCUUCAGAAGACAAUCCUGAGAGACAAAACUGUCGUGGAUGUCUUCAAGGCCAUGAUGGGUGCUGUCAACCCAGUCCAAGGCAUUGUGGCUAAUGCCAGCAAAGUUUACACCAAUGCUGUGGCCAAAACACAGAAGGUCUGGGGGCCAUAUUUGGAAGCGAUCAUGAAGGUUGGUCAGAUGCAGAUUCUCCGACAGCAGAUUGCACACGAGCUGAACUAUUCCUGCAAGUUCGACUCCAAACAUUUGGCUGCCGCUCUGGAGAACCUCAACAAGUCUCUGCUGGCAGACAUUGAGGCCCACUACCAGGACCCGUCUCUGCCUUACCCCAAAGAGGAAAACACUCUGCUCUAUGAGAUCACUGCCUACCUGGAGGCUGCAGGCAUUCACAACCCACUUAACAAGAUCUACAUUACCACGAAGCGCCUCCCCUUCUUCCCAGUCAUAAACUUCCUGUUUAUUAUCGCCCAGCUGCCUAAACUACAGUACAGUAAAAACCAAGGUAUGACGUGCAGGAAAGCUGCAGACCCAGUCGACUGGCCCCCCCUCGUACUUGGCCUGCUCACUCUGCUCAAGCAGUUCCACUCCAGAUACACUGAGCAGUUCUUGGCUCUCAUUGGCCAAUUCGUCCGCUCUCUUAUGGAGCAAUGCACUAGUCAGAAGAUACCUGACAUGCCUUCCGAUGUGGUCGGAGCUUUGAUGUUUCUGGAAGAUUAUGUGAAGUACACUAAACUGUCACGCAAGGUGGCCGAAGCCCAUGUGCCCAGUUUCAUCUUUGAUGAGUUUAGGACUAUAUUGUGAAGAUGUGGAUACAGCCUUUUCAUUGGAAAUGUUUUUGUUGUCUUCUGAAUAAUUUUAUAACACACUUCAUGUUUUCAUUAAUAAUGUCUUAAUAUGCAAUUUCACUGUACAGAGAUUAAAAACAAUUUUUUAAUAGCUUAUAUCAUGUUUUGCCAACCUGUCAUGUUGUGCCAUUGCCUGAUAAAAUUCAUUGUCUUUACAAUAAA